AUGCAAAUGUCAGCUUAUACGGCCGGUCAGAUUGCCACCCUCCAGAGCAGAUUGCAAAAACAGUUGGGACCGGAGUAUAUCAUGGAACGAAAGGGGCCGAGCGGGGGGCCUACUUUGAGCUAUAUUGAAGGUUGGAAAGCAAUCAACCUCGCUAACGAAGUAUUCGGCUUCAAUGGCUGGUCAUCUCAAAUCAUCAGCCUGAAUACGGAUUUCUGCGACGAACAAUCACCUGGCAGGUUCAAUAUCGGGAUCACCGCCAUCAUCCGGAUCACCCUUCGAGACGGGACAUUUCAUGAGGAUACGGGAUACGGUGGAGGUGAGAAUCUGAAGGGAAAAGGGUCGGCUUUGGACAAGGCGAAAAAAGAAGCGGUGACGGACGGAAUCAAGAGGACGCUAAGGAUGUUUGGGAACGUGCUCGGGAACUGUCUCUAUGACAAGAAGUAUCUGGCGGAUAUCAAGAAGAUCAAGGUGGUUCCCGUAAGUCGCCCAGGGGGAUUCGAGAUUCAAGAUAUCCUCAUAACCCGACUGACAUCAUGA